AAUAAUUGUGUCUUCUUUGUAUAUGUUGAAUAAUAAACCAAAUUAAUGAAUUUGUAAAGGAACACUAUGCUUGUUGUCCUUUUGAAGCUAGUUCUACUCAAGUACUGCUAGUGCUCGUAUAGGUUUUACAGCUCACAAAAAAUUCAUAUACAUAAGAUAAUAGUAGUAGCUACUUAUCGAAAUGAGUAAUUGGUCAUGACCACAUGUUAUUUAACAGUUAAAAGAUUAUGUUAUACAAAACUAUAAUUGCGUACAAAGAUCAGCACCCAUAACUGAGCAAAAGCGUACACUUUGUGAUGGCUAUAUUGAUCUAUACAAUAGUUCUGGUACGAGACACUCUUUUCCUUUCUUUCUUUUUUAACCUUCUUUUUUUGUUUUCCUGGUUUUUUGACGGCCGGUGUAUGAGUACAUUCCUUUCCACCCUCGUGGUGACGCUAAGAGUGUUUUCAACGUCUAAUUCACCACUUGAACAUAAUGAUAUCACAUUUUUCAUAUUACUUUCUGCUGAUCGAUAACGAAAUACUUCGAUAACAAAAUAGGGGAAUUCUUCAGUCUAAUAGAUGACAAGCAAAACAGCAACAGUAAAGGAAGAUACUAUAUUAGACUUCUCUCUCUUAUCGCAGUAGUGGUGUAUACCAAAAGCAGCUGAAAUCGGAGUAUAUAGUUACCUCAGUACUCGGAUCUCGUUGAGGUUUUAUACAUUUACUUGGCGCGAUUCAAGAAAAUUUUUAUCCCACGAUAAUUUGUAGGCAUACGUUCUAGUAAGAAAGGAUUACUUACAUAAGAAUAAGGAG